GGGGAUCUGCACCGCCGAUCGUCAUCGACUCUACUUCCCGCUGCGCUACGAGUCGACGGAUCCGAGCUACCAACCCGAGGCCGAGCCCGCACCCACGCCCAAGCAUGUCCACUGCACAGGCCAUCCUAGCCCAGCGCAACUCAGCCUACAUGGAGUUCCAACGUCAGCAGCUCUACGAAUGGAACCAGAGAGUUGCAGCAGUCACGGAGCACAACAGUCGCAUGACGCAGCUUAUGUUUGCGUCUAUGGCAACCGGGCAGAUUCCUACAAUGGAACCACCACCACCACCUCCUGGACCACAACCAGUGGUGCCUACGUUUGAACAAUUUCUGGCAGACCACUACAAUGUCACUCCGGGAACCGGUGCAUCAUCCACCGGUGGUGGUGCUACUGAUGGUUCCAAUCCAGAGUCACGGAGCCCAGUCACUCCGGUCUGGCUUGGCGGCGGCGGUGGCGGUGGCGCUAGCGCUAGCGGUAGCGGUGACGACCUCGGCUUUGGCGGCCUCGGCUUUGGCAGUGGAAGUGAUGCCGCUUAA